GAGAGGGGAGAAGAGGAGAGAAGCCUCAAAACGCAGUUCUGCAACCCCAAUGAUGCAGUAUCUUUCAUGGCUUCUCUACCCUUUCUCCCGAUCUUGUCCCCAUCAAAACCGUAAUUUUCCUAUAAUACCCUUCCCACCCUCCCUCUCUCUCCGUCUCUGAUUUUCGGUUCCUAUAGAAAGGAAUUCUCAGCCGUUCUCGUUAUUCUGGCCAUGCGACUCUGGUUCUCUGCGAUUUCCCUCUUGAUAGAGGAAACCCUAGAAGUUUCCCAGAAUCCUAGCUCCCCUCGAUCUCUCCGUUCGAAUUCCUGCAAUGGCCAGCGAAUCACACGCUCCUAGCACCAGAGGCCUUCUCUGCAAUGCCGGUGCUGGUGCCGCUGCUGGAGUUAUUGCUGCUACAUUUGUUUGCCCGUUGGAUGUUAUCAAGACGAGAUUUCAGGUGCAUGGCUUGCCGAAGCUCAAUAAUGGCAGUAUCAAAGGUAGUCUUAUAGUUGGGAGUUUGGAACAAAUAUUCAAGAAGGAGGGUAUGCGUGGCAUGUAUCGUGGGCUUUCACCAACAGUGUUAGCAUUACUUCCAAACUGGGCUGUUUAUUUCACCAUGUAUGACCAACUCAAAAGCCUGCUUUAUUCAGAUGAAUCUGUAGAUGGGAACCAUCAACUCUCAAUAGGUGCCAACAUCAUAGCUGCUGCUGGUGCUGGAGCUGCAACAACCAUUGCCACCAAUCCACUCUGGGUGGUCAAGACGAGAUUUCAGACUCAAGGGAUGCGAGUGGGAAUCGUGCCAUAUAGGAGCACGCUGUCGGCUUUAAGGAGAAUAGCCCAUGAAGAGGGUAUCCGUGGAUUAUACAGUGGUCUGGUGCCUGCACUGGCUGGAGUCAGCCAUGUUGCUAUACAAUUUCCAACCUAUGAAAAGAUAAAAGUCUACUUGGCCAAACGAGAUAACACUACCAUCGAUACACUCAGUGCAACUGAUGUUGCUGUUGCCUCAUCCAUCUCCAAAAUAGCCGCUUCCACGCUAACUUAUCCACAUGAGGUGGUGCGCUCGAGGCUUCAAGAGCAAGGCCACCAUUCCGAGAAGAGAUAUACGGGCAUGAUUGACUGCAUCAAGAAAGUAUUCCAAAAGGAGGGAAUCCCAGGAUUCUACCGUGGCUGCGCCACCAACCUGAUGAGGACUACGCCAGCUGCUGUAAUCACAUUCACCAGCUUUGAGAUGAUCCAUAGAUUUCUAAUCACUGUAUUCCCUCCCGAGGCACACCCACACACAUUGUGACAUUUGAUUCUACUCCAACUUGGAGAGGGAGCCUUGCUGAGGGAGAAGUCAUUAGCCAGCCUGCUCCAGUUUCAUGCUGCAGCACCGCGGCCACACAUUCAUCUGCUGGAGGCGAGUUAAUUUAUCGACCUCUUGCACUAUUUUGCUGAUCAACAGUCAUGAUUGGACUCGUAGAUCCAAAUUGAUGAGGUGAUUCAAGGUAACGCGAAAAAUGAAAUUCUACACCCCUCACUCAAAUGUACUUUUCUGAAGUGUGGAAAAAAUUGGCCAUUGAGCAUUGUAACAUUUGGCGGUGAUGUAAUGGGUCUGUUCUCAAGGGGUGUUAUAUGGAUGUGUAUCAUUUGAUGAUGACGAUAAAGGCAAUGGCUAUCACAGACCUGUUGAAAUUGUGGUCAA